AUGUCGACUAAAAAAUUAUCUGAAGUUAUACCUUUAGAAAUUAAAGACACUGCAAAAAACUUGGGACUCAUUGCAGCCAAACCGAUCAUUUCGGUUAGAAGUGCUUUAAAAACCAUGGCAGAUAAUAAUAUCACUUCAUUACCAAUUUAUUCACAUGUUUCAGAAGAGAUUGUUAAUAUAGUUAACUUGGUGGACAUUUUAAAUUAUAUUAUCAAGGAAGCAGUCGCAGAUGAGAAAUUGCCAACUUCCAUCAACAGUGAGAGAAUUAUUAAUUUGGAUAAACCUAUUGAAAUCGUUAUGACCUUGGAUAGUGAUCGAGAAAGUUAUCGGAUAUUUAAAUCUGAUGCAAAUGAAGGGCUUCAUGAU